UAAUUACAGGAAUGAAGAGGAGCACCGGCAUCCUUUUUUAAUACAACCGACGAGGGCUCUUCCCUUGGAAGCUCCGCUCGAUACUCUUCCAUUCCACUCCUCCUUGCUCAUGGCGACGGCGACCUCCUUCGCUACUCCGGCCGUCAUAUGUGGUUUACAGAAUGGGAAGCUCAAACCUUUAAGUGGUUAUCCAACUAAGUUGGUUGUUCCUCAAAAGUCAAAGGUGUUAAAAUCCAGCCCGAGAUUAUCUGUCUGUGCUAAGUACAGUGAUGAUUCUGGAAGUGGUGGUGGCGAUUUUGUUGCUGGGUUUGUUAUAGGAGGAGCAGUUUUUGGAACUCUGGCUUAUGUAUUUGCUCCGCAGAUAAGGAGAUCACUACUCAACGAAGAUGAACAUGGAUUUCGGAAGGCCAGACGACCAUUGUAUUACGAGGAAGGAUUAGGGCUAGAGGAAACUCGUCAAACACUCAAUGCAAAGAUAAGGCAACUGAAUAGCGCCAUUGACAAGGUUGCAACUCGGUUAAAAGGCGGUGCUAAGAAGGUGGCGAUAGAGCCUGCCCAAGCUGACUCUGAGUUUGAAGCAGCCUUGUAAGUUUACUCAUCUCUAUUUCUCCUUAAAAGCCUGUUGACUCAAGGACGUAUUCCAUCAUAAAAUCUGUCUGUUUUCUCUUCAGUAUGAUUAUCAGUUUUCAUUUCUGCAAAGUGUUGUCUUUUGCUAAUUCAUAUUAUUGUAAUCUUUGAGCAAUGGAGCUACUAUUGUGAUAGCAAUUUUGAAGUAUAAACUUGACCCGAUGCGUCAGUUUAAUUU